ACGCGCUGUUAGCGUCUCGAGGAAAAAAAAACGCGUCAGGUCGGGCGGCGCGAGCGAGGAGUAAGUGUGUGCGUUAGCCUAAUGGUGGGAUUUUACCUCAAGGAUUAACCCGGCCUGGGGCCGUCGGGAGCCAGCCCCGAUCACGGACUUUCACACACUGAAAAGGGGUCCUAUGACUCGCUAAGGAUGGUACGAGAAACCAGGCACCUCUGGGUGGGGAAUUUGCCGGAAAAUGUCCGCGAAGACAAGAUUAUCGAGCAUUUUAAGCGAUAUGGCCGUGUGGAAAGUGUUAAAAUUCUUCCCAAAAGGGGCUCAGAAGGAGGAGUGGCAGCCUUUGUGGAUUUUGUGGACAUCAAAAGUGCACAGAAAGCUCAUAAUUCGGUCAACAAAAUGGGGGACCGGGACCUUCGAACGGAUUACAAUGAGCCUGGCACUAUUCCAAGUGCUGCUCGGGGAUUAGAUGAUACCGUUCCUAUAGGAACUCGUACUAGAGAGGUUUCAGGGUUCAGGGGAGGUGGUGGGGGGCCAACAUAUGGACCACCACCAUCACUACAUGGACGGGAAGGACGUUAUGAACGGAGACUUGAUGGGGCUUCUGAUAACAGGGAGCGUACUUAUGAUCAUAGUGCCUAUGGACACCACGAUCGUACAACAGCAGGGUUUGAUCGCCCCAGACAUUAUGAACAGGAUUACUAUAGAGAUCCUCGGGAUCGAACUAUACAGCAUGGAGUUUAUUAUGGGUCAAGAAGUCGAAGUCCAACUCGAUUUGAAGCUCAUGAUCCACGUUAUGAACAAAGAGGGAGGGAACAGUUUGCAAUUUCAAGUGUAGUACACCGAGAUCUCUACAGGGAAGAUAUUACUCGGGAAGUAAGAGGGAGACGCCAGGAAAAGAAUUAUCAGCACAGCAGAAGUCGAUCCCCACAUUCCUCACGGUCAGGAAACCAGUCCCCACAACGACCUAGCCAAGGACGGUCACGGCGAUCUCCCAGUGGCAGUGGGUCCCGGAGUAGGUCAUCAAGCAGUGAUUCAGUCAGCAGCAGCAGUAGUACCAGCAGUGACAGUAGUGAUUCAAGCAGCAGCUCCAGUGACGAGUCUCCAGCAAGAUCCGUUCAGUCUGCUGCAGUACCUGCACCACCAGUUCAACUCCCAACACCUGUGGAAAAGGAUGAACCACGCAAGAGUUAUGGAAUCAAGGUCCAAAAUUUGCCAGUCCGUUCUACUGACACAAGCCUUAAAGAUGGUCUAUUUCACGAAUUUAAGAAGUAUGGGAAGGUAACAUCUGUGCAGAUCCACGGUGCAUCCGAAGAGCGCUAUGGCCUUGUUUUCUUUCGACAACAAGAAGAUCAAGAGAAGGCUAUGAAUGCAUCUAAGGGGAAGUUAUUUUUUGGCAUGCAGAUUGAAGUCACUGCCUGGACUGGUCCAGAAACGGAAAGUGAGAAUGAAUUUCGACCGCUGGAUGACCGAAUAGAUGAGUUUCAUCCCAAGGCCACAAGAACGUUAUUUAUUGGAAACUUGGAGAAAACAACAACCUAUGGAGAUCUUCGAAACAUCUUUGAACGCUUUGGGGAGAUUGUGGAUAUUGACAUCAAGAAGGUAAAUGGGGUUCCUCAAUACGCCUUCCUACAGUACUGUGACAUUGCAAGUGUCUGCAAAGCCAUCAAGAAAAUGGACGGAGAGUACUUAGGAAAUAAUCGGCUCAAGCUGGGAUUUGGAAAGAGUAUGCCAACCAAUUGUGUAUGGCUGGAUGGUCUAUCUUCAAAUAUUACUGAACAAUACUUGUCCAGGCAUUUUUGUCGUUAUGGUCCUGUGCUCAAAAUUGUGUUGGAUCGUCAGAAAGGAAUGGCUCUGGUGUUGUACGAUGAAAUUGAAUGCGCACAGACAGCGGUGCAGGAGACCAAGGGCAGGAAGAUUGGAGGAAAUAGAAUAAAGGUGGAUUUUGCAAACCGUGAGAGUCAGUUGGCAUUUUAUCGUUCAAUGGAAGUCUCUGGGCAAGAUAUUAGAGAUCUGUAUGAAAUCUUUGCAGAGAGAAGGCAAGACCGGAGAGGAUCAUAUCACGAAUAUCCUACAGAUCGAGCAUACUUCGAUGCAGUAAGGGGCCCAGCUGCUGUAUUUCCUGAAGAUCCUCGUAGAGACUAUCGGGCAAGAAGUAGAGAUUUUUAUGCUGAAUGGGAUCCCUACCAGGGUGAUUAUUAUGAUCCUCGCUAUUAUGAGGAUCCACGGGAGUAUAGAGACUACAGAGAUCCCUAUGAACAAGACAUAAGGGAGUACAGUUACAGACAGCGAGAAAGGGAAAGGGAGAGAGAACGUUAUGAAUCUGAUCGCGAACGAGAUCAUGAAAGACGAACUUGCGAACGAAGCCAAAGCCCAACACAUUCAAGGAGAGCCCAGAGUUGUAGUGCAUCACCAACACAAUCUGAAAGACAUCAGAGUGACAGCAUGGACUCUGAACGCAGAAUUUAUAGUCGAUCUUCUGAUCGUAGUGGUAGUUGCAGCUCAUUGUCACCUCCUCGAUAUGAUAAAGUUGAUAAGCCUGACAAAAUCCGACCAGAUCGUUAUGAUAAAAAUGAAAAAGAGAAAGAUCGGCUGUUUGAGCCUGAAAGAAUUGAUAAACGGACUCAACGAAAAGAAAAAGUUGACAAAUUGGAAAGAGUGAAAAAGACUGAAAAAUCCGAGGUGGAGAAACCAGAUAAGAAGGAAAAAACUGAAAAGCUCAAACUACGUAAGGUGAAACCCCCAACUCCAAGUUCCCCAUCUUCUGAAACAGACCAGGAAAUAGAUAGGGAUCUAAAUCCUGAUGGACAAAAGGGUAAAGUAAAACAAGGGAAAGAAAAAGCAGAGAAAGAAGGAGCUUCAAAAAAUCGUUUGGAUUUAAUUCCAUGUGUGGUCUUAACUCGUGUAAAGGAAAGAGACACAAAAGUGAUUGACCCCUUGGUUUCAGAGAAAUUGAGAGGGAAGCCAGAGAAUGAUGGUGUCAAAUCUCCUCCUACGGAACAAAAUAAAGUACAGUUAACACGACUUGAUCAAACAAAAGCAGAGCUGUCAAAAUCGGAGCCUACUAGGCCAAAACUGUUAAAAGAGAAACUGCUUGCCAGCCAAAUAGAAAUUGUGGAUAAGGAAGUGAAAAUUAAGCAUAAAAAGAACCUCAAACCCGAACAGUGUGCUGAAGCACCAAAUGCAAUGGAUAUUGACAAACUGGAGGCGAGGAAGAGGCGUUUUGCGGAUCCAGCUUUAAGAACAGACAGGCAGAAGUUAGAGGUUAAACGAAGCAGUCAGGAGGAAGAGGAACUACGUCUAGGCCUAAAAAAACAACCGGAGUUGGCUCCCUGGAGAGAAGUGGGUAAAGAAGGAGACUUGGACCGACGACCGGUGCGGAAAGAGGCACUCAAACGAGAGCACAGAAAAAUUAAGCAAGAGAAAUUGGUUCCAGCAUUUAGCCCCAGAGAAGGGCAAGAGUCUUCCACUGUUUCUGCAGGGAUUGGCUUGCGGUCCAGCAUAGAGGUACAGUGUAGAUUAAGUGAGCCAUCUGAAGAAUUGGUGGAUAUUCAAGAAACUGGAUUGAAGAAAGUGAGCACACUGAAACCUCUGACUAAGGGAAUUCUUCAGCAGCUGCCUCCACAUCUUGAUGAGAUGUCUGGAGAAGGGGAAAUUAAAAGAGAUGAACGAAAGAGAAAGUAUAGUGGCACUGAAGAAACAAAUGAUCACAAGACCACCCAUGAAAAACUGCAGACCACUGACACAGAGGAGAAACCUGGGAUUGAUAUCGAUUACACCCAGAGUUAUAGGAAACAAAUGGAGCAGAACCGCCGGCUUAAGCAGCAACAGGAAAUGGAGAUGGCAAAAUCAGAAAAAUUUAACAGCCCCAUAAAAGAGAAUGCAGACGAAUUUGAGAGAAGAAGUUUGGUCCACGAAGUGGGGAAGCCACCUCAGGAUGUUACAGAUGACUCUCCUCCAGUUAAGCGGAGAAAAACUGACCAAUUUGAUUUUGAAAUUAGCAUGAAACGAGAGAGGAAUUACAGGAGUUCUCGGCAGCAAAGUGAGGAUUCUGAAAAAACUGUCCUUUCUCCCGGGUUUCGACAUAUUCUGUCUUAUCAAGAUGAGGAUGAUAAUUCUGACUCUCCACAUCAGACAUUGUUACUGAAAGAAUCUAAAGUUUCUCCCAAACUAGACUCCACCAUUCAAAUUCCAAUUAAAGAAGAACCUUUAAAGUGCAAUGCAUAUGAAUCAAAUAAGCGAGAACAAGUAUUAGAUUUGUCUAGAAUUAAAAUAACAUCCCAGAGCUCUGAAGAGGAGACACCUCGUUGGGAAACACGUUUGAAACUUGAUGCAAGUAGAACUGAUGUUAGUUUUCCAAGUAGCAUUAUAAAACGAGAUGGAAUUCGCAAGCGUUCAGUGCGUGAGCUAGAACCAGGUGAGGUACCGAGUGAUUCUGAUGAGGAUAAUGAACAUAAAUCUCAUUCGCCUAAAGCUUCAACGUCCUUUGAAAGUUCUAGAUUUCCUUUGUUUUACCGAAAUAGGGAAGAUAGGAUAUCAGACUUAAAGCUAUCCAGUUCUCUAGAAAGAAACAAAUUCUACUCCUUUGCUCUUGACAAGACGAUUACUCCUGACACUAAGGCUCUACUUGAAAGGGCAAAGUCUCUGUCUUCAUCUCGAGAGGAAAAUUGGUCAUUUCUGGAUCGAGAUUCUAGAUUUGCCAAUUUUAGAAAGGAUAAAGAUAAGGAAAAGGUGGAAUCAGCACCAAGGCCAAUCCCUUCUUGGUAUAUGAAAAAGAAAAAAAUUAGAACAGAUUCUGAAGGUAAAUUAGAUGAAAAGAAGGAAGACCAUAAGGAAGAUGAGCAGGAAAGGCAGGAACUAUUUGCUUCCCGGUUCCUGCAUAGCUCAAUUUUUGAGCAGGAUUCAAAACGUCUACAGCACCUUGAAAGAAAAGAUGAUGAUUUGGAUGUAAUUUCUGGUAAAUUAUUUGGAAGGCAGGGAUCCGUGGAUGGUUCCAAUAACACCCUAGAACUGAUGCAAGAACCUGUAGUCUUGUUUCACAGUCGGUUCAUUGAAUUGACACGUAUGCAGCAAAAAGAAAAGGAAAAGGAUCAGAAACCAAAGGAACUUGAGCGACGAGAAGUUGAAAAAGAAAUUCAGCCUAAAACACCCGAAUCUCUUCCCGAAUCAGAGGUAAAGAAUGCUACACCACUUUUUAGGACUCAUAUACCACCUCCGUCAUCAGUUGUUCCCCAGGCAGUUCCCCUUGAACAGCAAGAUACAGUACAGAAUAAAGUAGUGAACGAAGCAUCAGUGGUAGAAAAUGUACUUUCCAGCUCAACAGAGAAUCGUACAGAAUUUGCUUCCGCAGCUGAUGUCCUGAAACCUGUUGUUGUAAGUGUGAGCCCUUGUGAAGUAGAACCUAUUGUAAACAAGCAAUUAGAUGCAAAUGUUACUCCAGAUCUUGUGACUACUGAGGAGGAAAUAUCAGCUGGAGAACAUUCCUCUUAUUUGAAUAUUAAACCACCAACUCCAGGGGGAGCUGACUUACAAGAAAAGUGCAUAAAUCCUGAAACUGAAGUGCAAGAACUCGGUGCAGAUUCCUCCAAAACUAACAAAAAAGAGGUGACAGCAGAAGACCAUAAAGGAGAUAAAAAUCCUUCUACCACUGUCCAGUUUGAUGUCAUCCAGCAAGAAGAACAUUUGGAGGUACAACCACAGAUUUCGGAUAAUGAGAUAGAUGCAGAACCUUCUGUAGGUGUAAAAGAGAAAAAGUCUUCUCAAACCAAAAGAACAAAGGCUCCACUUCAAGCAGUCACUGCAGCCAUCACAGAAAAACCCGUAACAAGGAAAAGUGAGAGGAUAGACCGUGAAAAGCUGAAGAGGUCAUCGUCACCCCGUGUUGACACUCAGAAAGUUCAGGAACAGAAAUUGGAAAUAGAAAGAGCCUCCAAAAACACAGCAAAGUCUCCAAGUUCUGCCCCAGAGUCUGAAACAGUGGAGCCAAGUCUGCCAUUAGGUAGAACAAGACGCAGAAAUGUGCGAUCAGUUUACGCGACAGUUGAUGAUGGCCCAAAUCUAAAGGAUUCAGCUGAUACAUCACGGUCAACCAGGAAAAGAGGUGAUAAAGAAACUCAGGAACCAUCAAAUGUACAAACACCACCACGACGGGGUAGACCCCCAAAAUCCCGCCGUAGACCAGGGGAAGAGGUUCCAUGUUUUAAAGCUGACCAGGUAAAACAAGAAGUUGAAGAAACAGAAACUAAAGAUAGCACUGAAAGCACAAAACCUGUUGAAGGCUGGAAAUCACCAAGAUCGCAGAAAGCUCUACAUUCUUUACCUGCUUCAGCUGCUUUUAGCAGCCACGUAGGGAAAAAAGGGUUUAAAACAGAAUCAAGGACAUCUGAGAUUUGUGUUGACCAUAGAGAUGAAGUUGCAGAACCCUUAGCUGAGCAAAGUUCAAAUGAGAAUAUAAAAACCUCACUAGAGGAAAGUGAGAUGGUAAUUGAUCAAAAAGCAGACAAAAAUGAUGUUGCAUCAGAAAAAUGUCCUUCAGAUAAAAACCCUAGUGAAAUAAUAGAUAAAAAAACUUUGGAGAAAAGCUCAAAAUCAAAGUGCGGAAGGGGAAGAAAUUCUAAGACCAAUGAAGACAAAAUGAGUUUACGAAAUUUGGAAAUAAGAUUAAAUACCGAAGAGUUAAAAGUUAGUAAAAGUGAUGUAGAGAUGACUGGAACAGUAAAGAAAGACUCAGUGAAAAAUGACAUUCAGUCACCCAAAUUAAUUGAAGAAGAAGCAAGUAAUCCAUUUUCAGAACCACCAAAAUCACCAGAAAAAGAAACCCCAAAACUUGAGUGUUCGCCAGAAGCUGUACAACGUGCUAAACAGAUAGAACUUGAAAGAGCAGUAGAGAACAUUGCAAAAUUAACUGAAAUCCCAACUGUACAUCCUUAUAAAGAGACAACAAGUGAACCUGAUGUUAGGCCAGAGGAAGAAGUAGAAAAGCCUGCUCAUCAGGCAAGUGAAACUGAACUUGCAGCUGCUAUUGACUCCAUUAUUGCAGAUGAAUCAGCAGAACCUGACAACUUCACGUCUGCUCCGAGAUAUUCUGCUGAACAAACUGUGGCAGGCAUCUCUGAAGAUCAGAUGGUGCUCCCUACACCCUCAGAUGCAUUACAGCCUGAAACUGAUCAGGCAGUUGUAAAUAUAUUAGAGUCUAAUAAUGAUGUUGGUGCCUCAGGCCGGUUGUUGACAAAAACAUCACCUUCAAAUCGUUUGGUAUCAAAAAUCCCAACUUCAGAUCGUGGUAUUUCGAAAGCCCCACCCUCAGGCCAUUCAGUUUCUAAAUUUCCCGUAUCAACAGAGACUAUGUCUUCGGAAGUUCCUUCAGUAGAAAGAACGGUUUCUGAAGUUCCCUCUUCAACAAAUAGCAUAAUUUCUAAAGCUACUACCUCAACAAGUAAUGUAGUAACUGAAGCUACUACACCAGUGGAUUCCACCGCAGCAGACAGUGUAAUUUCUAAAGCUUCAGCCUCAUUAGAUACCAUGAUUUCUAAAGUUCCUGUCUCAGAAGAGAGUGUGUUAUCUAAAAGCACUAUUGCAGUGGAGAGUGUGAUAUCUAAGGCUCCUGUCUCUGUGGAAAGUGUGAUAUCUAAGGCUCCUGCCUCAGUGGAAAGUGUGAUUUCCAAAGCUCCAACUUCAAUUGAGAAUGUAGUUUCUGAAACUCCCACUGGAAUAGUCAGUCUUGCUUCCCCAGCUAUAUCUUCAGACAGUUUGGCUUCUAAAACUUCAGUGGUGGACAGUCAGACAGCAGUUUCAGUCAGUUCAGUUUCCAGAUCUGCUCUGUUAACUACUUUGUCUGAGGUAAAAGAUCCUGACAUGUGCCUCCAGCAGUCUGAAAUUAUCUCCCAGAAAACUGAGAACCUCCUGAAACCAGAACCCGUUGAAGUCCCACGAACUCCAAGUCGCAGAGGGCGUUCAAAACCUCGAGCGUCGAGACGUAAUAGGCGAGGAAGCACUGGCAGAAAAGGGGAACUAGCAGACGACAACAGCUCUGAACCUGAGCCAGUGUCUGUUUCUACUGACAUAAAGCAAAGCACUGUUACACCAGAAACCAUUGUAGAAAAACCUACAAAGAGAGUAGUGGUGGAACCGCUUUGUGUUCCCAAGAGUGGUGUUGACAAUAUGGCUAGAUUAGAAGAGUGUAAACCUGAUGAAAUGAAAAUUACUGUACCAAGUAAGGAAUCAGUAACAGAAGCUAUUUCACCUCAGGAUCCACAGCAUUCUUCAUGUAAUGAGGAUAACAAAAGUCCUCCAUAUUUUAAAUUAAAACAACUCAAUGAUCAUACACCUGAGUCUCAACCUAAGCAAAGCAUGUCAAGAUUGGCUAUUAAUGCACUCCCAGCCACCACCACUGCAAAGGUUUCAGUAAGUCCAGCACCUGUUUUAGGAACUACGCAUGUUAGUUCUGGGGCUAUGUCAGACUGGAUUUCAAGACAUGAAUCAUCCCGUUCUUGUUCCACACCACCUCCUGCUGCUCCUCCCCCAGAUACCAAAGCUUCAGAUCUUGACACAAACUCUAGUACAUUGCGGAAAAUUCUCAUGGAGCCAAAGUAUGUAUCAGCCACAGGAGUCCCUACAACAUUUGUUACCACAGCUAUAAAUGAACCAUUGACUUCAGUUCGGACAGAGGAAGCGUUUCCUUCAGCUGAAGUCAACAAACUGGUCUUGGAUGAGAAGCCUGCAGUUCCACCAUGCACUACUGCAGGGCAACAGUUAGCAGAGGUACCAACCUUUAAUGAAAAAGAAAAACAUGUUAGUUCGUUGAUCUCACCUAAAGUUACUUCAGUAAUAAGCAGAAUGCCACCAAGUUUAGACCAAGAGGAAAUGGCAAAAAUUUCGGUGAACAACCGAGGCCCUGGUAAUCUUCCAUCUCAAUCACCCAGCCUCCCAAAUAUGUCUCUGACAAAACAGAAAUAUAGAUCAAACUUGACUGAAAACAGCAGAUACAAACUUGGAACAAUGGCAUAUAUUGCAGAUGAGCCAAGGUCAGUGGAUAAUAUCCCAUUAAAUCAGGGGUCAAGUCCAGGGCUUAGAGUAAAUACAUCUGAAGGGGUUGUGGUACUGAGCUACUCUGGCCAGAAGACAGAAGGUCCUCAACGAAUAAGUGCUCCAAUCAGCCAGAUUCCACCUGCUAGUGCAGUAGACAUAGAGUUUCAGCAAUCUGUGUCCAAGUCACAAGCCAAACAGGAGCCAGUUUCGCAGUCACAACCUGUGACAAAAGGGUCACAAACUCCAACAGGCUACAAUGUGAUUGGCACUCAUUCCUCAAGCAUACUUGCAGGACAUGGCGGUGCACAGCCAUAUAAUACACCACCUGUGAUUUCAAGUGUUAAACAGGAGCAUCAGAUCCUUGAGAAAUCUGAAUCUGCCAUCCUUUCUCAACCAGCAUCGGUGAAGAUUGUAUACAAUCUUCUGCCAAACAUUAUAACUACUAACAAAAAAGGUGGAGAACCAGUUGUUCCUAAACUUGAACCUGUCAAAGUAACUCAGCAGUCAACACUGAGUCCAGGAAUCAGCACUCACCAUGCUGCUAUACCAAGUAAGGUGCAGUCAGACACUAACCACAUCAGUUCUGGUCGUGGCACCCCAACAGAACGUGCUCUAUCUCUGCCAGUUUCUAUUAAACAGGAACCUCAUUCCCCACACACAUCUGUUCAUUCUCCUUCCUCAUUUCCCAAAGUAUGCCAGCCUAGUAGUACAUCAUCUGCUUCUCAGUCAAUAAAUGCAAACAUGGUUCUGAAUGCUGGCCUCACAAUGGCACAAUUUGUUCCCAAUGUGCAUUUACCAGAACAGUCUGUAAUCAUGCCUCCUCACAGUGUGACACAGACUCAGGUAGUCUCCUUAGGACACCUUUCUCAGGGUGAAGUAAGAAUGAAUGCCCCUUCAGUACCAGGUAUCCCAUAUGGAAUUAGACCUGAAGCUCAUCACCCAUCCCCUAGAGCUGUGCUUCAAUCUCAGAUGGAACUUCGUUCGCAGCGAUCAAACACGCCACAGUCAACGGUUAUCAGGGACUUGUGCAUGCCUCAGAUACCCAAUCAGCAUCAACCUGAUGAUGAUUUAAUCCAUUAUCAUGGGAUUAGAAGGGGGUCGGGUCCCCUACAGCCUGAUGUCCUUGUGAUGCAGCCAGAAUACAGAAUUCAUCCUGGAAGUUUGCGAUUAGACCAAUAUAAUGUCCCCCAGGAGAUGCUGCUGCGUGAUGUUCGGAUGAUGUAUCCACCUCUAACGGCAGUUGGCGAUGUCCAUAAUGAAUCCAGACAAGCCAGGACUCCAGAAGGGUCAGUUAAAACUCCUCCAACUAGUAAAACCCCUCAGCCAGCAAAAGAAGCUCCUAAGACAUCUGAAGUGAAAAUGGCGAAGUCCCCUCACAGUGAAGCUCGGCUGAUCAAUGUCCCCCCUGGAAUGCCCAUGUCGCAGUCUGUAAUGGUCUCCCACGGUGUUCAGCUCAUGCACCAGGUUCCUAGUUCCUUCCAUGACUAUCCACGAUACCAAGAUCUUCGGAACUUCCAUCCUUCUCAUCUUGGUCAUCCACAGUUUGGUGGAAUAAACCUGCCAUCACGAAGUAUGACACCUCAGGGUAUUUCAGAAGGAGAACAUGUCCAUCCUGGACAGAGAAGUAAAACUCCACAAAUAUCCCAGGAUACCAGACUGUCUGGGCAGGUGGAACUGCACUCGCCUCACCUGCAGCAUCUACAGAGAGAGCGUGUUCAACCAGAAGCUAAUCCAACUUCCUAUCCUUCUCCAACUGGAGUGUCUUUGCCAAUCAAACAUGAACUGUCCUCACCUCACCAAACACUAACCCCAAAGCAGUCAUCGUUUAUUUCCACACAGUCCUCAACACCAGGGGCAGCCCCGUCACCUGUAAUAUCCAGGCCAGAUCAUCAAGCCACUGUAAAGCAGGAACCACAGACGUCAUCAGGCUCACAAAGACCUGUGGACAUGGUGCAGCUUCUAACUAAAUACCCGAUUGUGUGGCAGGGUCUGCUAGCUCUUAAGAAUGACACAGCUGCAGUACAACUACAUUUUGUGUCUGGCAACAAUGUGCUGGCCCAUCGGUCACUUCCAGCGUCAGAGGGUGGGCCUCCGCUCAGAAUUGCUCAGCGCAUGCGGUUGGAAGCAACACAACUAGAAGGUGUAGCACGCAGAAUGACAGUGGAAACCGAUUACUGCUUACUAUUAGCAUUACCUUGUGGCCGUGAUCAGGAGGAUGUAGUGAGUCAGACAGAGUCACUGAAGGCUGGUUUUAUCAGCUAUCUACAGCUCAAACAAGCUGCUGGAAUUAUCAAUGUUCCAAAUCCUGGCUCGAAUCAGCCUGCUUACGUUCUUCAAAUAUUCCCACCCUGUGAAUUCUCUGAAAGUCACCUAUCCCGCCUAGCCCCAGAUUUGCUUGCCAGCAUCUCCAACAUCUCCCCCCAUUUGAUGAUUGUCAUUGCUUCAGUGUGAGCAUUUGGUUUGCUCUCUUUUAAUCUUGAACUCCGUUACACUGCCAACUGCCAAUCUUCUUCCAAGCAAGGCCCGACUUGGACAAUGGGCAGCUACGUGUUUACAAUGUUUCCAGUACUGGGCGAACCGGUGGGCUCCAGUGGCAGAGUGGAAACCCCUCUAUGUAAUCCUGCACUCUCGGCGAUUCCUGUUAUGUGAAUUGGGAUUACCAUUGCACUAUAUUAGUGACUUGGUGACUGUAUGGCAGUAGAUUGUUAUGGAUCUUAUCAUGGUAGCAUCCUGGACCCCUCUGACGGACUGGAAGGCAGGACCUUAAAAUCGCUACCUAUUUCAGCAGGGCAGAUAUGGGAUGCUUCUCAACCCCACCGUCAACAGUAAUGAUCAACCUUUUCCUUUUGUAAAUCUUCUUUUGAGGAAUCAAAUGGACCGUUGCUGAGAGAAGAGGGAUGAACAGUUUAAGCUGAAAAGGGAAAUAAAGCUGGUGGGAAAUGCUGAAACCUUGGAACCAUGAAUUCAAACUUUGCUGAGAUGACAAAAAACAUACAAUUUUACCUGUGCCAAAAUGCAUUUUCAGAGAAAUCUUAUUUUCAUAUGCGGACUUUGUACUUUCAUUCAUUCUUAAGUGCGCUUCACUGCUCCCUUAACGCUGCCCUUCAAGAUGUGAGAGUAUUUUAUGCUUGUCAGGACAUCUGUUCAAUCUCAUUAAUUUAUAAAUUCUUUCCAGUCUUUACUCGUUUUUUUUUUAAUCCUUUUUGUUUUUUUUGGAGCAAUCCAACUCAGAUUUAAGCCAAUGUGGUGAAAAGUGGUCUCCAAUACACAGCAAAAACUGGUACUGAAUAAAUAAACACCCUUUUCCUAACUGGUAGGAAGGGUACACAAGGGGACUGGUACUCCUGAGAAAAGAGAGCUGUGCUGUCAGAGCCAGCCAUGUAACUAGCUGUAACUACCUACUGACAGCAAACAGUCUCCUUGUACUUUUUAAUGGCGUUUGUACAUAGUACUUUUGGAAUUCUGUGCUUUGGUCUGAUCUGAUUAACUUGUGUAAAAAAGAAAGGAAACCCAACCCCCAGACUUGAACCGUGUUACACAGUGCUGUAAAUAUUUGUAAAACUCGAAAACAAUUCUUUCAUGGUAAUGUUGAAGGCACUUAUAAUUUUGAUACACAGAAUAAAAAUCUUAGCACAUUAUAGAAGA